AUGGCGUUUUUCUCUGCCGUGCCUUUUCGUGUCGCCUGUGCGGCUGGUGCAGUCGCGCAGAGACGACGACCCGAGGUAGAUGAUGCAUUUGAAGAGUUGACGGAAGAAGAGUUCCGGCAGUAUUUUCGUCUGUCCAAACGAACAGUUUGCAACGCGGAACUUCGCAUUCUUGUUGUGGACCCCCGGUUCCCUGGUUCGUGCCACGACUCUUGGGUGUGGCAGCGUAACCCACUGCAUGCACACCUAGCCGCACAACUGCAGCCUGGCGAGUAUCUGCUUGGAGACUCAGGAUAUCCUCUCGAGCCAUGGCUGCUUGUUCCAGUACCUGGCAGCCAUGCCGGCACCAGCUCUGAAGGCCACUACAACCAGGAGCACGCAUCCAUGCGCAAUGUUGUGGAGAGAUGUAUCGGGGUGUUGAAAAGCAAGUUCCGCUGCUUGCAGCGCUUUCGGACACUGCUGUACAGCCCCGAUAGAGCAGCGCGAAUCAUUUAUGCAUGCGUUGCUCUCCAUAACAUUGCCUUGGAGGCGGGCGACUGGACAUUGGAGGAUUAUGGUGGGGAAGUGCCACCAGCUGAGGAGCCAGAGGAGCCAGGAGACAUCCAGGUGCUGGCACCACAAGACGUGUUCCUCAGAGGAAGGCAGCAGCGCAGCGCAGUUGUCAACCUUUUCUGAAGGACACAGGAAUGGUGAGUUUUCAUAAUACAUAAUUUAUUUAUACAAAGUGCAGUGCCCUUAGGCUAUCACAGGGGUGUGUUUGUACAGCGGAAAAUACAUUUAAAAAUUUGUAUACACGACAAGUGCACCUCCAUACGAAUGGUCAGUGUUCCCAAUCCACACAUCCGACAGAUGAUAAUUUAAACACAAACGAAGUACACUUCGUUUCGCCAAAGACUUGAAAAAUUAUAGACCGAUCAGCUUACUGUCCGUUGCCUACAAAGUAUUUACUAAGGUAAUUGCAAAUAGAAUCAGGAACACCUUAGACUUCCGUCAACCAAAGGACCAGGCAGGAUUCUGUAAAGGCUACUCAACAAUAGACCAUAUUCACACUAUCAAUCAGGUGAUAGAGAAAUGUGCGGAAUAUAACCAACCAUUAUAUAUAGCUUUCAUUGAUUACGAGAAAGCGUUUGAUUCAGUCGAAACCUCAGCAGUCAUGGAGGCAUUGCGGAAUCAGGGUGUAGACGAGCCGUAUGUAAAAAUACUGAAAAAUAUCUAUAGCGGCUCCACAGCCACUGUAGUCCUCCAUAAAGAAAGCAACAAAAUCCCAAUAAAGA